CGAGUCGAGAGAGAUGAUGGAUCAAGUCUCGAGGCAGGUCGAGAUGCGUGUGUGCAUGCAUGCAUCCAUCCGGCACCCAAAAACAACCACAAGCCAAGCUGCUGAUGUUCUGACCACAAUUCCACAUCCAAUGAGCCUUGCCGUCCUCCCAGACCGCUCCUGAGAGCCUCGAACUCAGCAAUUGACUGCCAUAAUCAAGACCCUCAAGACUCAGUGCAUUCCCAUCUCCACCCGGAGCCCUCGCCAGCAUCUCUGCGACGCUCUCCGACUAGCUGAUCCAGAAUGAGUGCGCGUGGAGGCCCUUCAGCAGCAGUCGCGACACCUAUGAGAGGUCAGGGAAGCCAUGCGGGGCUACGGACACCUGCACGAACGCCAGGUGGCUCGGAACAAACGUCGGCGACCCCGGUGAUCGAUUUUGCGCGUUUAGAGGCUGCGAAGGAGAACAUCACUAGGUCUGCACAGGGCAGAAGCGCCUCGGCGCUCAAUACCACCUUGAGCUUGAAGCCUGGUGCACGGUCGAGAGCAUUGGCCGAGAGAGCGGAAAUCUUUGAAAAGGAGUGCAAGGCUGCAAGUGCUCCAGACAGCGAUCACGACGACCCCAUCGAGCCAUGGAGCAGAUAUGCCAUGUGGGCUUUCGACGCUUACCCAUCGCACGGUCCGCACCUCGUGCACAUGCUGGAGAGGGCUACAAGAGAAUUCAAGGGUCGGGAAAGGUAUGCGCAAGACCCUCGCUACCUCAAGCUGUGGGUGCUGUAUGCCAGAGCUUGCGAGAAGCCGCAGCACGUCUACCAAUUCUUGCUCGCUCAGGAGAUCGGGACUAAUCUGGCCACUCUGUACGAAGAGCUGGCAAUCGUCUACGAAGGUCGUGGAGUCUACGACCAAGCUGAUGCGACUUACAAGCUUGGAGCCGCUCGAUUUGCAGAGCCGGUGGACCGACUCAAGAAGCGAUACCGCGAGUUCCAAGCUCGACUCACAGGACGCUCACAACUGGCAGCUACGGCCGCAGCAGCAGGGAAGCCCGAACCGACCUUUCGUGAAGUACUAGCCGCGGCGAUGGCAUCCGCGAACAGGGCGACGUUGGGUGAGCGCGCUCCCGAUAGCCGAGGCGCUGGUGCCAGCAGUCGCAGUGGUAACGUGGCUCGAGCGUUUGGCAGCAAUACAGCUGUACCGCUCAAAGCCAUUGCGGCUCCCAACAAUGCUCGUCAGAUGGAUGUAUUCAAGGAUGACGACGAAGGGCGUGGGCCAGACAGCAAAGCCCCAUGGGACACCCUGCCUACCAAUGCGGAGCGGAACCAGGAGAGCGGUCUCGGAGGCUCCAAGUUGUGGCAUGGGGAGAAGCUGCUUCAAAAGCCUCCCACUCGCCCGCUCGCGUCCGCGACCCCGUCCAAAGGAGCUCCGCUGGCGGUGUUCAGGGACAGCGAUGAUGAGGACGAUGAGCCGAAGCCGAAGGGUGGAAAGGCCGUCUCGCCAGCAGCAGAUCCAGAAGCGCAGGUGUGGGACGCAGCAAACAAAUUGCGCGAGGAUCCGCUGGCUCAUUACGAUAAGACGACUAAGCGUGCACUGAGCGUCGAAGAAGUGCAGGAAGCCAGGCGCAAGGCUAACCAGAACCAAGCCAACAAGGAGCGAAGAGCUGCACGGAAUAAAGCCACUCAUAGUCACAGCGUAGCCGGCGCUUCUGCAAGCAGCUCAAAGCCCAAUGCGCAGCCCAAGGCCACAGCAGCUAGCAAAGGUGGUGAGCAGUAUGCCCUUCCGCUCACUGUCCUCUAUCAGGGCAUUGAUCCCAAGGCACCACCUGAUAGCGGCGUAGAUCUCUCUGAGAGAUCCGUUCCGGAGGUCUUGGCUGCACAGAAAGGCGUGCAGAGCAGCAGUGGGGAUCCUGACCCAUGGUCAUAUCUAGACUCGCGCAUCGGACUGUGGCUGCCUACUAGACAGUCUGAAAGUCACGUCUCCAAGAAGGCCAGGUCGUCCACUGGAAGCACUCUGACGAAGUCUUCUACCUCCGAAUCGCUGUCUCGCAACAAGUCUGCUUCGUCCGCACCGGCGCAGAAGCAGCCGGCGGAGCAACAGUCGAAGCUAAAGCCUCCGCGAGACCAGCAGCAUGGUCAAGGGACAGAGCUACUUGCACUGAAAGAAAAGCCGCCACGUGAUGCAUUCGAUCCCGACGACAGCGCAGCAAACGCUGCAGCGCUAGGUUUCAGUGCGCCACGUAGACGGAUGGGCAACGUGCGUGCUGAUCAACCGACCGUGACUAUGGCUACUGCUUCUGCGCUGAAGGAAGUGAACGCCUUCUUCAAUGAGGCGGAAGAAGAAGACACUGACUCCGAUAGCGAGUCUGAAAGCGACGAGGACGAGGACGAUCUGCCACCCAUGUCUGCGAGGCGUCCUCCUGCCAUGAUGGCACCUUCUUCCCGCGUAGUUGAUGAGACUCCAACGCCAGCUACUCGCAGCCUUUGCUCGGGCGCUGCGCAAGCUGCAAAUUCGCUCAAGUCCCGCCCAGCUCUUGGAGCGGUCUCGGAGAAUCUCAACAAAGAGACGCAACCAUUUGAAAUUGCGAAAAGUGCGGUGACAGUACCUUCGACUCCAGCCAAGUCAGCUCUCGGUGGCACGGUUGGAGAAACAAAGAAGUCCGUCGCAGUUGCUCCUCAGCUCAAUCCUCAACCAGCUUCGCGAGCACAGCGCAUUGAUAUUUCGACUCUAGCGGAGGAAGAAGAUGAGGACGACGAGGAGGAAGACGAAGAGCAGAACGACGGAAUGGAGCCUGAUGCUGCGCAUCCUCUCGAUGAGCAUGAAUACCACCACUUGACUCGUGUCACUGAAGUGACGGAACUGACUCGCUUCACCAUGUUCAGCCGAACGCCUGGACGCUCCAACAGCGGCGGAACCUCAGACGCAGUGAGCAGCUGCUCGCGCUCUCGACCUGGUGCCGUGCUCGCGCAGCAUGGGCCUUCAGACCCAGCUGCUCGCGCUCACCCCGUUGCUAUCGAUCGGGCUAUUGUCGAUCAGCAAGGUCUGCCUCGUCUUGACAAUGCUGAUGCGGAUCGCUCGUGGAAUAGCAACCCUUCCACUGAAGGUGACGAUCCUCGCAAUCUGUCUGGAUCGUUCGACUGGGCACGGCAGCGCCGAGGCGCUGACGUGUCUCCGGGCCACACGAUCGAACAAAGAGCUGAGGAUGCCUUGGAGCGCUUUGGACGCCCAGCGUUGGCUGACACGUUGGUCAUCUCCGACGAAGAAGCUUUGGAGGCCACUCGCGGUGUAGCAAUCCCGGUCCAAAGUCAGCAGCGCAUUCCAAAUCCUUGCUCCCCUACCGACGUAGAGGUAGUGGCAGAGCUCCUCGCCGCUCUCGUUCUGCCCAUCGAGUCAUCCCCGGACUUUGUCGACCUGUCCAGCAGGUCUGCAGAGGGUCGUUUAGCAGCGUUGCGCAAGCGCGCUAAGCUGCAGAACAGGAAGUCGAUCUCGUCAGGCCCCAAUACCCCCGGCAAGGAGUGGAAGCUCGAUAUCGAUGGCAAUCCUUUCCUCGUGCGCGGCCUGCUUGGCGAAGGAGGAUUUGGAUCGGUCUUCCUUGCAGAGGAUGUAGAAGAAUGCGCACCGGCACCUCGUAAGGCGAUAGGAGGUAUUGCUGGCGACUCGAGCUUUGAAGGCAGUGCAGCUGCGCGAAUGGGAGAAGAAGAUGAAGAAGAGGACGAGGAGGAAGCGGAAAGGAGAAGGCUUGUGGCUGUGAAAGUCGAGUCGCCAGCCAAUCGCUUGGAAUUCUACAUUUUGGGCCAACUUAGAGCACGGCUUGAGAGGAAAAGCCUCAAUAGCAUCGUGUCUGCACGCAAGUGCUUUGUCUAUCAGGACGAAUCGUUCUUGCUGCUAGAGUAUGCCGAAAGGGGCACGCUGCUCGACAUGGUCAACAAUGCCCAAGCUGCUGGUGUUGCAGGUUCAAAUGUUGGAGGAGGCGGUGCUGGAAGUGGAGUGGACGAGACGCUGGCAAUGUUCUUCACCAUUGAAUUGCUUCGUCUUGUCGAAGCUCUGCACACUGCUCGCUUCGUUCACGGAGAUGUGAAGAUCGACAACUGCUUGUUACGGCUGGACGAGCCACCACGAGGCGUCACUUGGGCCAACACUUAUUCCAGCGCUGGCCAGGAUGGAUGGUCAGCCAAGGGAAUUACGCUCAUCGAUUUUGGCAGAGCCAUCGAUCUCCACCUCUACCCGCAAGGCCAGACUUUCCUGGCCGACUGGGACACGGACGACAAGGACUGUCCCCAGAUGCGCGAAGGCAGACCGUGGACUUUCGAGGCGGACUAUUACGGCGUGGCUAGUGUGUCACACUGCUUGCUUUUUGGAAAGUACAUCGAGACCGCGAAAGCGCAGGAUGAUUCUGAUGCCGGCCAUGGCAGAUACAAGAUCACUCAGACGCUGAGGAGAUACUGGCAGACUGAUAUCUGGCAAGAGUUCUUUGAUGCUAUGCUCAAUGUCAGGCUGGACGAUCCUAGCGACCCUAGCGCCGCUUUGGAAAAGCUGCGGAUUCUGCGAGGUAGAAUGGAGUCUUGGCUUGAAAGCAACGCUUGCAGAGGUGGGCGCAAUCUGCGAGGAGCCCUCAAGAAGGUAGCUCUUUAUGCUCUCAAGAAAUCUCUCGCCAGAGCGUGAUGCAGCGUCAAUGUGCUUUCCUUUAUCUCUUCCCAUCUUCUCCAUGGCGACUUCGUCGUAAAUUUCACGAUUUCUCACACAUCUUGCAGCGCACAGAAA